AUGGCCCACCCUGGUGUCAUGCACAAGUACUCCACUCGUCAUGUCGCGUUCGAGCAUGCGUCUCCACCCGCCACAUCCACCACGGACGCUUCGAAUACGCUGCUCUGGGUAGGCGGCCUCUCCGAUGGCCUGCUGACGGUACCCUAUCCCACGUCAAUCGCUGCAGCUUUACCAAGCGGUUGGGUCGUAGCAGAAGUGCUCAUCAGCUCCUCUUACAAAGGUUGGGGAACCAGCAGUCUUGCUCGAGAUGCUCGUGAAAUUGGCGCCUGCGUCAAAUACUUCAAAGACCUGCGCCCCGGCAAGAAAGUGGUGCUCAUGGGUCAUUCGACUGGCUGUCAAGACGCAAUGGAGUAUGUUGUUGGCAAAGAUGCAGACAAGCGUCCUGGAUUGGAUGGUGUGAUUCUGCAAGGCGGCGUGUCUGAUCGUCAGGCUUGGGAAGAUAUGCUGACAAAGGGCGAAUAUGACGAGGUUGUGGCAAAGGCGAAGGAAAUGAUUGACCAAGGCAAAGGCAAGGAAGCCAUGGCGAGCGAAGGCAACCCUGUCGUCAAGGAGUUUGGCGGACCCAUUUCAGCAUACCGCUUGCAUUCGCUCCUAGCAAAAGGCGGCGAUGACGACUACUUUUCCACCGAUCUGUCCGACGAAGACUUUGCAAAGACGUUUGGCAAGUUCCCCAGAGCAACGCCCGUCUGUUUCCUCUUGGGCUCCGAUGACCCGUAUGUCCCUGCCACGGUCGACAAAGUCGCGCUCCUACAGCGCUGGACCAAAAUCAUUCGCGAGGGCGGUGGUCUAGUGGACGACGAUGAUGGGGGCGUGAUACCAGGUGCACACCACAACCUUGACGGCGACCCAGAAGAGGUCGUGCAAGACCUGGUUAGGAGGGUGUGCGGUUUCCUCAAGGCUGUCGAGAACAAUACAACUACCACCACGCACGUUCCUAGCUACCCCAAUAUCCAUUUAUUCCUAUCGCAAUGUGAUCACUCUCAACCAACCCCUUUCUCCCCAAGAACGAGGGCCCACGCCAGACAUUUCAAACAUCGAAAAUUGAGCCUCGAACACUCCCUUCCAGAAACGCGAACUGUUCCUUCAAGAACACGGCCCAUAAAACAGUCUGCACUAGACAUGCCACCGCAAGCACAAUUCGCCCUUUGGAAACAUAUAUUCACAAAAAGGGACUCGCGUCAGACGCGCCCUGCUGGAAGCGGGAGCCGUACGCGUAGGAUUGGGUGCAGGGAGGCGCAGAGAAGGCAGAGUUACAACGAUGAAAGCAGCUCGAGUGGACGGAUGGACUUGAAUGUCUCCGCCAACCAAACACAAGGCCAGGUUCCAGCUAGGAUGUUAGAUUGA